AACACCAUUUAGUUAUUGCACUCUCUGAAUAACACUUGUGUUACGUUUGGUAGUGUACGUUAUGUAAUAAUAUCAUUCCUUGCAUAAUUAAUUAUUAACAAUAAUUCCUUGCUAUUGUGUACGUUUGCAAUAGUAAUAAUAUUAAAAGAAUAAGUUCGUUUUUUGACGGUUUAUAUUGUUCGGUUCGUUAUCGUACCCUAGUUUGGCUUCAAUAACAUUUCAACGUUAGAAAUUAUUGUAAUUUCAAUGGUCCUUUGAAAUUUUAAAUAAGUGCAAUCUUUCCGGUUUUUCGUUUUCUCGAUAAACUCGUCACUCUCACCCGCAUUACAAAAUAACUUAUACAAUCACCCCUCGAAAUAUUAACCAACUAUCGUUUUUGUGAUUCCAAGAACGUUUUUGAUAGCAUUUACAUAUAACCAACACCAGUUCUUUACUUUGGAAACACCAAUCUAAAGAUAUUUAAACGAGGGAUAUUACCUGAUUUGACGGAAAUCGUACCUACGCUCACUGUAGUGCUAACCUGACCAAACCAAACCAAAACAAAAAAAAGAAACAUUUUCUCGUCUGACCAGUCCCAAAUAAUCUGCCACCAUUGAAGAAUUAAUUAAAAAAUUCACCAUUACUACUUUUAAUUUGAGUGACGAAAAACCCACUGACAAAAAUAUGAUGUCCAACGGAUUGGACUCUGGGGUUGGACAGCAAAAUGGCGGUAGUGGAAAUAACGUGGGUAGCGGACAAGAAGAGUCCAAAACCAAUUUGAUAGUGAAUUAUUUGCCGCAAACCAUGACGCAAGAAGAGAUCAGAUCUUUGUUCUCCAGCAUUGGCGAAGUUGAAAGUUGCAAGUUAAUUCGUGACAAAGUAACAGUGCCUGGGGUUAUCACUAGUCCGUUGCUUACAGGGCAAUCGCUGGGCUAUGGAUUCGUGAACUAUCAUCGUCCUGAAGACGCUGAAAAAGCAAUCAAUACUUUAAAUGGACUUAGAUUGCAAAAUAAAACCAUAAAGGUCUCGUUCGCGCGCCCCAGCUCAGAAGCGAUCAAGGGAGCCAAUCUCUACGUCUCUGGUUUGCCAAAAAAUAUGACCCAACAGGACUUGGAAACAUUGUUCAGCCCAUUUGGUAGAAUUAUCACUUCGCGUAUACUGUGCGACAACAUCACGGUACGUCAAUUUGUCUCGGGUGCCGGAGAAACUUUGCCUGGCUUGUCAAAAGGUGUCGGAUUCAUAAGAUUCGACCAGCGCAUCGAAGCGGAGAGAGCCAUUCAAGAACUUAAUGGAACCAUCCCCAAAGGAUCCACCGAACCGAUUACCGUGAAAUUUGCCAACAACCCUAGCAACAAUAACAAAGCCCUUCCUCCGUUGGCGGCUUAUCUCACUCCACAAGCCACGAGACGAUUUGCUGGUCCAAUACAUCACCCGACCGGGCGCUUUAGGUAUUCUCCGCUGGCCGGAGAUUUACUUGCGAAUUCGAUGCUACCGGGUAACGCGAUGAACGGUUCUGGUUGGUGCAUUUUCGUAUACAAUUUGGCGCCGGAGACGGAAGAGAAUGUCCUUUGGCAGCUAUUUGGGCCGUUUGGCGCCGUCCAAAGCGUGAAGGUAAUUCGCGACUUACAGACCAAUAAAUGUAAGGGCUUUGGCUUCGUCACAAUGACGAAUUAUGACGAGGCCGUGGUAGCCAUUCAGUCACUGAACGGUUACACAUUAGGCAACCGUGUACUUCAGGUCAGCUUCAAAACAAACAAAAGUAAAACCACAUGAAGCGACGAGUCUUGGUAGACACCAGCGCAUUCGCGGCACUCCCAGAGGCUCAUCUGUCUGACUAAUUUAUUCAUUAUUUAUUAUUCUCGACGGUAGCAAAAAGAACAACAACCCAAUAGGUUUAUUAGAUAAUUGCUCGGGAGGGCCCGGGUGGAGUGAUGCGAGUCCGGAGGUGCAGCUGACCGCCAGAAACGCACCUCCACAACCUUUGUAGUACUUAAAACAAAUUCGAAGCUAGUCAGAAGUGCAUUCGCGUUUCCUACAACAGCAACGUUUGAUUACGGUAUGAUGAUUUAUUAAUUAAUAUGUAUUGAUCGUGCCAUCACCGUUUCAUUGUUCGGGAAGCAAGUUCUCACAGAGAAAAUAAUACACUAAAUAUAUUUACAUAUAGUAUUUAUAAAAUAAACAUUUUCUUUAUAUUAAUUUCAGUGUACCUACUUAGUAAUUUAUGUAUUUAUAUGUAGUGAAUUAAUUGUGUAUUCUUAUAUUCAAACUAGUCGCGGAGCAUUGGCCACAGACCACUCCCGAAGUUGAAUCGAUGGAUGUUUAGUGACGUGGCUUAUGGUCAACUGCCUUUGUAUUUGUAUUUGUGUUAGCAGCUGUCUAUAGCGGCAGGGGCCACAUCAAGUUUUGUGAUAGCAUAGUUUUACUAGUUCUAGUGAACGCAGACGCGGACCGACUGACACGUAACAGAUUAUGGUGACCGCCCUUGUCGCUCUAGCGCCGCUUAUCUUUUUUUGUGUGUUGUGUUUAGUUUCACGUUACAAGAAUUCAAAUCAGCUUUUUUUCCAAAAAAAAACUGCGUGGUUUUGCUUCGAAUGCCAUCAAUUCACGACGGCAAUGCUUUGGCGAGGCCACAACCGUAUCUCUUUUCUUUUUUAUUAUUAUUAUUAUUAUUAUUUAUUUUUAAUUUCGCUUCUCGAGUUCGUUUUCAGUUUUGGUGUCCCGAUAAACACCGCUGCAAAAAAAUUAUUCCUUUUUGUUUAUAUAAUUUAUUAGUUUAGUUCUUCAUUUUAUGACAAUUUUUUGAUUUUGGUUUUUCAGUUUUUCGUUUCAGAAUAUAAAUUAAAGUUUAUUUAUAAUUUUCGCCUUCUUUUUAUUUUUUCUUUGUUUCCCUCGUUGUGUCUCACCGUCUUAGCUGGCGCCGAAAAAACCAAGAAAAAAAAAAUAAUAAAAAAAAACGAACGCAUUGCACAAGCCUGUGGACAUGUUUGCUGGUUGAAAUGCCACACGGAGUCCAUCACACCCAACCACUUACAGACUAACCAGCCACUUCCACUAAAAAACACUUAUUUUUAUAAAUACUCCCGUCUUGAGAUUGUUUAAGAUCGAAUUAUCACCGAAACAUCAAUUACUGUAGAUCCCACGGCCGUAACAGACUGAAAUAUUGAGGAUCAUACUGUUUAGUUAAUUAUUAACGUAAUUUAAAUGGCUGAUGACGUCGGAGCCAACAUAUAGUAAAACGCACACAACACCGCUCGGCAACGCAGAGAUACGAAAGAUGUAAAUAGAAAUUCUAAGUUUGAAAGUUUGAUCAAAUCGAAAUAAAUAAGCAAAUAAGUACAACUAAAAAAAAUGUCUUUCGAUAGCUUUAACAGUUGCGGGAGCGUUCGACCACACAGUAUACAAGUUCAUUAAAUUUUUACUUCCAAUUACCCUGUUUAGGCAAAUCAAUCGAAGCGAUUUAUAUAUACGUAACACCGGUCCCCGUUUUUGAAAAAAAAAAAAAAGAAAAUAGUUACCACGACUUUAAAUACGUAAAGUUCCAGUGAAAUAAAAUUACCACUCGCAAUCACCCCUAGGUAUGUAAAUAACAUUUUCAAAGUGACUGUGAUGAUAGGAAUGUAAAUCAUUUUAGAAAAACUAGUGCGCUUUCCAAAUAAUUCUCUAUGUCGCGAACAGUACUAAAUAAAGAUUGGUCUGCCUAAAAAUAGGAACAGGAUGACUGUGUAGCUGAACAUGAAACGAAGUCUCUCUCGCUUGUGAUAUAGCUGCGAACGAGACAACUAGGUCUGGGCUUAUCGACGCUAUAAUAAUUAUUAUAACAAAUCGGACCUCUUUCGUUUUAAUCGCCGAAACGGUUUAAUCUUUUAACCUUUUUGGCAUUUUCUUCGGUUUGUGCAAUAAAAAUAUAUUCAUAGAUCAAAACUCCUAUAAGUGCAAAAGACUUGUAACCGAAAUUCGGUAAUAAGGACCAUAUCGAUAUGUGAUAUGCUGGUAUUAAAACGUUGAUAUAUAUAUACGUCCUAAUGAUAUACCAUAUACACUAGAUUGAAAGUAAUUUUAAACAUUAAUAAUAUAUUAAAAUUUUCGAAAAUUUAACCACCGAGAUAAUUAAUUUACUCAUCUCAUUCUCUCGUAGUUCCUGUUAGACGCUUUAAACGAUUCUAAAGCAAACUUCUGGAUUACCUAAUUAUUUAUUUGAUUAUGAUUUAAUCGAAGCAAUAAUGAGCGGUUGCCUGCGGAAGACAGCCGCAAAAUACGAGUGACGAUUUAGGGGUGUAGCAAAUAGACUCGCUUUAAAAGUAAAAAAAUUAUCUCGAACAUGUUGAUUAUAAAAUCCGUGUUGGAUAAACGGAUCGAUUUAGGUAAAUACUAAGCCCAGAUCUAGUGCUUAUGAGUCCUGUGCAAGUCCAAACGCUAGCGGGAUGAUGCGGGCGUCAACUAGCGUCGAAAUGACGAUCAGACGCAAUUGCAUACGCCGUACGGGUCAAUAAUGUACAAUCCCACGUUCGUAGGCGUGAAGGCGUUUUACGAAAUCGCCGCUAUCGAUUUAAAUCGGGGUUUUAUAAUUGAAACGGAAAUUUGGUAGGGGUAAAUGGCGUAUUUGAAUUGUAUCAAGGGAUGGGUAUUCUUCUAAGUUUAUCUUAACAAAUUGAAAGUUCAAAAUUAAAAAAGGAACGCAUGGGAUGAUGUACCUAAAUGUCCAAUCGCACAAAAUCAAACUAAAUGUGAACUAUGCAGAAGUGUCCCAUAACUUAUCCGCCGUAAAUCAGCAGGCCAUACUAUAAAUCAAAAUAGGAUUUUUUGAAACCGAAUUUGAAAACGGAUAAAAAAUUAAAAAUAGUUGGUCAAUCAGUUUUCAAAAGUGCGAUUUUUAUUGCACUAACCUUACUUCGAAUUACAGUAUCGCGUAUGGCGGAUAAAUACUGGGACAACCUGUAUAAUUGAGUUGAUCGUUUUUGACGGCUUAUCCGCUGGUUGAUAUGUAAUUUGAAUAUGGCUGUGACAGAAUACGGGAUGGUAGAUGGGAAAAAAUGACUCGAUGUUCAAGCUUUAAUUUUCCGGAUUUUCGAUAUUCGCUAGGCGUGGGGUGGGAAUGGGGGUUAGCAAAAUGGGGUAUCGUAAAACGUUUUCGCACCGAUGAAAGUUAAAUAAAUUUUAACAGUGUUCAGAGCACAAACUAGCGAUGUAGGACGUAGUAGGUGAAUAAAUUGGUUACUCAGGCCUAAAAUCGAAACUCUUGUAGACUAAUUCCAUAUACAGAACAACGAUAUAUUUCCAAAUGAUAAUUAUAAAUAAAAAAUGAAUAUGUCUGUCGGAAAAAAAUGCUUAUUUCAAAUUUUAGCCUCUAUUUGACUAGCGUUUGCUAACUAUAACUUUGCUUAACGUUUUUCAUUAUUACUGGUUGAUUAAUUGUAUUAUUGAUUUCGCGUCGUUUUAUUGCGACGCGGGUCUUAUCUGUAUUUCUACAUAAGGGUUAUCUCUUUGUGUGUUGUGUAGAUCUCUAGUAUAAGUGUAAUAUAGUACAUUACAUAUUCCUAUUGGUUAAUUUAUCUAUGUGUAGCAGUUGUGUUGUGGGCGAGGGUCCCAUAGAGCCACCCAGAGGGGCAGAUGGCACCCCCUCCCUCGCGGCCGGUUCAGUUUUGAACAGAGCCGGCCUGGCCCGCGAACGUAAUGCAGGGCCAUAGCUCAAAACAUUGUUGUGACGAGAUGCAUUCCAUUUUUUAAAGAAAAAAAAAACCACUAAAUGAUAUUUACAUAAAUUAUUAUAUACUCAUGCCUAUAUUCUAUCUGUUUUGAUAAAAUUGUGGUUAUUAUUAUAAAUAAUAUCGAGUGCAAAAGUUAUAAUAUGUACAGAAGUUUUAUUAUUAGGAAAUACAGUACCUCAUAACUGUAAUUCAUGCAAUAACUUAAUAUAAGAAAGUUCUAAUUACAAUAUACUUAUAGCUUUAGUAGUUUUAAGAAGCGAGGUUCGUAAGAUGAUCCCCAUUUGAUGCUUCAUUUUCACGAAUGUCUCUUGACUCGUUUACCUCCACCCACCCACCUUUUCGGCCACUACGUGAACGGCUAAAAAUUGACCCGCAGCAUCCAAAUGCUUCUCCCUUGGUCUUGUAAACGUUCAUCAUUUUUACCAGCCUGAUAACUAAACACACCAAACGUAACUUUAGGCAAUCAAAAUAAUGAAACGCAAAUAAGAGACUGGAAAAUAUUCGUAAAACAAAAGGCGUUCGUGAAAGGGGGCGCCACUAAUUAUCAGACGGGAGAUCGAAAGUAAUAUGGCGUCGAUCUCCCGUCUCCCUCCUCGUGUCACUAAGGGGCGUCUCCAUCAACACAUUAAACGCAAAUGACGAGGAGGUGGACAACAUAUCAACAAAAAAAACGCUAAUAUUUGACCCAAAAGGGCUGUGCAUCCGAUUCGCCCAAAACUCCGUGAAUUGUGAUUGGUAAUUUAAGUCGAAAGCUAUUAUUUCACUAUUGUCAUCAUCUACACAUUUUGCUUCUUAAAACUUCGUUUAAAGUGAACCGAAACAUUGAGAUCGGGGAUGUAACGUACCAAUCCUGGCACCGGAACACACACACACCGAUUUGUUUUUUGUAAGCCGUACCAAAAAUAUAAAAUAAAACACGUACACUGCCGGAAUACGCAAAAUAAGUCAGAUUUAUUUUACAAAACUAGGAUCGGUGUGUUAAUAUCCCCAAAUCGGUGUAAAUGUGCGGGAUUUUUCCAUUAUCGUGAAACAACAGUUGAGGACUGGAUUACUGAUCACCCACGAAAUGCACUAAAAGUGCUACAAAACCGUGAACCAAUUGGAAACAAUUUUAUAAAAACUCCUCAGCAAUUAAACAAUUCAUGAAAAGUAUAUAUAUACUGUUCUGCCUAUUGCCAAAUCGAUGAAUCUAAAAUAUUUUAAUAAGAACUUUUUAUCCGGUAAGGAUUAUGCAUGGAAGAUAUAGUCUGGAUGAGGCUAUUGUAUCUUCUAAAAACUACUAAAUAAAAGUAUGCCAGAACGUAAGAACUCAUGAUGUAAAUAAUAGACUAAUUAAUUGUUAAUAGUUUUGGAUGUGGUAAUUUUCUGGGUUCAAUAAAAGUAGUUGAAUAAGUACAGAAUAUUCGUUUCUUAGACAUUUAAUAAUCGCAGGACAUACAUAAUUGUGUUUAUGUAAUUUUUAACUUUUCAUGAAGUGUGCCAUUGCCUUUAAGGCCGCAAAAACAAAUGCGACGAAACAUAAAAUAUAAUAUGGAACGAUUAACGGGAUGACGUUUGAAGGAACUAGGGCCAUUCGACUGCGAUCUCUAUAGGGUCCAGACCGGUAUACCAUAUGCAUAUGCAACCCCGCUGAUGGAACUGAACUGAUUCACUCAUUACCGAUGAUUAUUAUAAAUAUUAUUAAUUAUAUACCUAAUCUAAUAAAUGUGCUAAUUACUGAACUACACUACGUUCGACCACUCUUCGACCCAUUUUGUGUCGAAUCAAAUUUUACUUUCCAUUGCGUUGCGUUAGUAUAAUAUCCGUUACGUUACUGUUUAUGUAUCCCCUAUUCAUUGUCUUUCCUUGCUUAUUGUCCAGUGUUACACUAUGCUGCAUUUGUGUGUAUUAAUUGUCAUUAUAAAUGGUUACUUAUUGUAUCAAGUACACCUAUUUAUUAAUUAUUGUAUCAGUACUGACAUUAUAGUAUUAGUUAAUUCGAUUAGUGUAGUGGAGGGAGAUGAGUGGAUUAAGACCAAGAGGGUGCAAUGUUUAGGAUCUGUUCAAUUUGGGUUGAAUUUUUUCAGUUGAAAUCGAUGAGCUGAAUAUUGUUCGGUUUCGGAUUGUGUUAUAGCAAAGAACGGUUUUGCGUUUCCAUUCACAAAAUAUUUCUGAACCUGAAUGUCGAUUACAUCGGGAAAAUCGGACUGUAAGCUAAACGUACACUGACGCUGGCAGAGUUUCUUUUCGAGAUUGUCAGUUGGAUUUGGAUAAACUCUUUUACACAUUCACCUUCUACGAGUGUAAGUACUCUGGGCUAGGUCAGUGUAAUGCAAUAUUUGUACUUUUCCAUGUUGACAAAACUCAAUACAAUAAAGUAUGGAAGCUAAAUUCAA